UUUAAAUACUGCUUUGAUUAGUUAAUAGUGGAUGCUUAUACAUGCAAAAGUGGAGUGUAUUUUUUAUAUAAUUAAAUAACUUGCAGAAUGCGUAAAAAAUUGGCAACGUUAUGUUUUUUAUUUUUGCCAUAUUUUGUUGCUCUUGAAGAAAAUCCGGUUUACGAAUAUAACCCAAAUAAUUUUAAACAGCAAAUCGAAGAAAUGGAUGGUAACUUUGUUAUGUUCUAUGCUCCGUGGUGCCGACAUUGUACAGUUUUUCUUCCGAUAUGGCAUGAAUUAGCUGAAUUAGUAAAUACAAAGGGAUCAAAAUUCGCAAUAGCGCAAGUGGAUUGUACAUUGCAUCACAGACUAUGCCAUGAAUAUGAAAUAACAGGAUACCCAACAUUAUUAUAUUUUCACAAAAACAUAUUCAUACCAAUGGAAUACAAAGGCACAAGAGAUCUACCCUCUCUGACAUUAUUUUUAAGUGAAGCCUUUACAAUGAAACCAGAAGGCAAAAAAUCUAUGAAGGAAUCAAGUGAAGUAAAAAUAUACAAUGGCAUGGCAUACUUGACUGAUCAAAAUAUUGAGAAGUUUGUUUCUAAGGGGCAACACUUUAUAAUGUUUUAUGCAUCAUGGUGUAAAGUUUCACAGAAGAUAGCGCCAGUUUGGGCGGAACUAGCGGCGCAUUACGCUCAUAAUGAGUACAUACAAAUAGGAAAGGUAAACUGCAUGGACAGUGAGAUGACAUGUAAAAACUUCGAUAUUAAACAGUACCCGCACCUUCUGUGGAUUGUUAAUGGUAGAAUUAUGGGAUUAGCAGAUGUAGUGGAUUUAGAUGAUCUCAAAAUGUAUGUGGAAAAAAUGUUACUAUCUGAAAAUCAUGACCCCGAGAAAUUUAUGAAGAAGAAGAAGGCAUUGCCUGUGGCGAGGAUAUCCGAGGAGACAUUCGAAACAUUCCUAGAAAAGGAUUUGGUGUUUGUCAACUUUUUUGCCCCUUGGUGUGCACAUUGUAUGCAACUAAGCCCUCUAUGGCUAAAGCUUGGAGAGAAAUUCCAAAACGAAACCCGUGUUCUGAUAGCUGAUGUGGAUUGUGUGCGGUCCAAACAAAUUUGCGAGACAGAAAAGAUUAAUGGGCUUCCCACUUUAAUUUUGUACAAAUAUAAAAAGAUAGUGAGCGUCGAACACGGCGGUCGACCACUAGAGAGUCUCAUUACACUGGUCAACGAACAUCUACAGAAUUCAGAAGAUGCACCGGCCUCGGAUGAGAUCGUCAGUAACGAGGAAAACAAGUCACAGAUAACCAAAGAUGAACUAUAACGUAAUUGUAAAUAAAUAAAAUUAACUUAUCGUAA